AUGCCGUUGUUUUCUCGUUCAUCAGAGCGGAUAUCCAAGUCCAAGUCCCAUCGUUUUUCAUUGCGUAAACAUUAUUACCAUCACUCUUCAGACGCUGACCGUGACGCUGUCUUGAAUCACAGCACGAGUCAAAACAGCAGCCACUCGGACAAAAAGCCACGUCGGCAGCCGCAACAACUUGGUCGAGGAGCUGAACAGACGAUCGUCGUGCCGUCCAUACCCGCUCCAGUCGAUACGAGCACCAAAGUACUACAAGCUCCACCGUCUAACUUAUCGUCAUCUGUCCGUUCGUCGUCUUCGACGCUCCGUAGCACGAGCCCUACACUUCACGAGAACUUUUCCUGUGGUGACAACGAUACCGAGAUUUCGGAAGAAUCCGUUGUGACACCGAGUCAGAGUCGAGGAUCUAGUAUGCGGAACAGUCGACACAGUGGUUCUACGGGACAAUCUCCUUUGUGUAGCAAUCGUAAUAGCUUGGCCGAGUAUCGUCAACUGCAAUGCUCCAUGUCAUACAAGAAUCGUGUCAAUAGCGACGCGUUCCGAGCAACUAGCACCACUUCCAGUUCUAAUGAGUCCAUGCUGAGUGAACGGAUGAGUGACAUAAGGACAUCACUGGUGGAUGGAUGUCGUGUUGCAAACAGAUCCAGACGAUCGUCUGGCUCACAUAGUUUGCUUAAUGCAAGGAUUUCCGAGUCAUCUACGGAAAUCACCGCUACAAUAUCUCAUGAAUCGUAUUUGUCUCCUACUUCAGCAACUGUUUUUUCCGAGAUGGCAACGGUAUCAAAUACUACAACGUUAACGGAGGCUAGUGUUGCUGCUUUGCAGACACGUCGCGCGUUCCAACAAAUGGUUUUGGCGAUGGAGGACGAGGAUUCAGGUGACGAGUACGAGUCAGAUGGUGAUGCAUGGCGGAACAGCAAUGUCGGGAGUUCUCACGGUAAUUCUAGUGUAGUGCGCCUUAGUGCAGAUGAUUACAAAAAAUUCCAGUUCCGUCUUCGACAGCUUGAGGAGCUAGCAGCAGAACAAUCUAGGAAACAGGCAGACAUGGAGCAGACCAUUGAGCAGGAGGUACAGGCGAGGACCCAAAAGACGAUAGAAACGAUGGAGAAGCAGAUUAGCAUGUACAAACAGGCAAAGGAGUUUGAGUGCGAGCGGGAAGUACAUCGACGAGUUUCAGAGCAUUUGGAAAAUCCCAGAGUCAGCCGUAGUACUAGCCGAGCUAGUAUGCACGGUUUGCAUUCGAGCAGCAGCGUUAGCAGCUUCCGUGAGAGCUACAACAUUUCUACCAGUAUCAAGGAGGAGGGCAAUCCGCUGGAAAAGCUCUUACACCCACGACGUUCGCGAAAGCGUCUGGAGCAGAUGAAGGAGCGCGAGAAAAAUCAGCGACGCGAGAUGGAGCAGUUUCGGGAGUUUGUCCGUACCACCGAGAUGCGCAUUGCACCAGCCCAAGGCAUGGACGGUGUCUUGUCGGCCGCAGAGCUGGAGAUGGCAAAGCUAAAGUUGGACGAGCUGUCAGACCCGUUGUUGCCGUUAUCAGUGCUGCAGUCGUCACCUUCGGAACUCAUUGAGCUGGUCUGCGUACUUUGCAAGAACGGACAUGAGCAGGAGAGACAGAUAGAGAAGGCUAAGAACCUCAUUACCGCUGCGAUCGAAGCGCGGGAAAUUGCCGAAACUACGGCACGUGAAGCCGUGGAGCUCACGCUCAUGCUGGAUGCAAGGUUAGACCGUGCGAUGAAGUUGGUGUCGCAGGCACACAAGUUCUCAGCAGCCAACGAGUUGAGAGACACCAGUGACAGUACAGGUUCUUUCGACAGACAGUUUGGCACGCCGGCGUUAUCGACGUCAUCAGUGUUUGAAUAG